AGAUAUGAACUCAAUGGGAAAACAUCUCUAUCUCUAGCUAGGCUGAUCGCCAACCUCUUCUCAGUUAGGCCAGAUGUCACUGACUUGAGUGUGGGCGUUCACCUUUCCCCGUCUCUCGUCACCGCGCCCAUCCACUCAAACCACCUCACUCGCUCGCCUAUCCGGACGAACGCCAACCAUCAUGGCCGCUCGUGAAGAGCCGGUCCCCGUGGCUUCGGCUCGAAAUAUGGGCGGAUCCCGGCCCCAAUCUCGCGAAAUCCAGACGUCCACCUCUUCUUCGUCCUUCCUACCACCCGGCCCCAACGUCAUAAUAAGGGAUCCCAACCAUGAUGGCCCCGCCCCUCCACUAAACCCACCCGACCGAACGGCGCCGUCCAGAUCACGGUCGGAGCCUUUAGCCCCUGGUCCGCCUCCUCGACGUGGGCGUGGAGCGGGUCCGGGUCCUGAGCCCGUUAUCUUAGAUGAAGAGGAGGAACUGGACUUGAAGUACGGGGCCCAUCACGUGAUCAUGUUGUUCACGCCCGUCACUUUGUGCAUGGCGGUGGUGGUGGCCACCAUCGCCUCCGUCACCUUUUAUCGGGAGAAGGACGGCGUGUAUCUGGUGUACACGCCUUUCCACGAGAAGAACGACGAUGUGGGCUCGAAUACGUGGGAAGCAUUUGCCAAUGCGGGCAUUUUAUUGGGAGUCAUAGCCGUUAUGACGUUCGUCUUGAUUUUUGCAUACAAGUACAAGUGUUACCGGCUCAUUCACGGCUGGUUGUUCCUCUCUUCGUUGUUGCUACUGUUCUUGUUCACCUACAUCUACUUCGGAGAGGUGUUCAAGUCCUACAACAUCCCAUUCGAUUACAUCUCGCUGGCAUUUUGCCUCUGGAACUUUGGUGUGGUGGGUAUGAUUUGUAUCCACUGGAAAGGCCCUCUAUUGCUCCAACAGGCCUAUUUGGUCUUCAUUUCGGCGCUCAUGGCGUUGAUCUUCAUCAAAUAUCUGCCUAAUAUCACCACAUGGGUCGUCCUGGGAGCCAUUUCUUUGUGGGACUUAUUCGCCGUCUUGGCCCCAUUCGGUCCCCUCCGGAUUCUGGUGGAAACUGCUCAAGAGCGCAAUGAGCAAAUCUUCCCCUCUCUGAUUUACUCGGCGGGAGUCAUUUACACUUUGGUGGGAGCCGCCGAGCGACCGGCAGGAGAACAAGAUGACGACGCCACUAGGAACGCCCAAGACACGGAAUCGGCUCCUGGCCCACCCCGACGACCUCCUCGGGGACAGCGAACUGGUUCCACACCCUCCCCCCAUGACGAAGCUGAUGGCUUUGAUCGACAGUGGGUGCGUCAGAAUCAAAACCAAAGUGAGGCUUCGUCUCAACAACGUGUGAUUCCACCACCGCGACCAUUGGAAAUGGAAGAGGAGGAAGAUCGGGGCAUUAAAUUGGGCUUGGGAGAUUUCAUUUUCUAUUCGAUAUUGGUGGGAAAAGCAUCUUCGUAUGGUGAUUGGAACACUACUCUGGCAUGUUUUGUGGCCAUCUUGAUCGGUCUGUGUUUAACUUUGAUGUUCUUGGCCAUUUUCCGCCGCGCUCUUCCGGCUUUGCCGUUCUCCAUUGCAUUUGGUCUCGUGUUUUAUUUCGCAACACGAGAAAUCAUUGCCCCCUUCGCUGACACGCUGUCAUCACAGCAAGUAUUUUUCUGAACAACUUCAGUGAUUGGUAGGUCUGUCGUUGUUAGCGGUGCUUGAUCUGGAUUAAUUUGUGUCACUUUACAUUCCCACCCUCCGGAUCAAGCUCUCAAGAUAACCCAACCAUUUAUGUGACUUUCCCUUGAAAUAUUUAACAUGCUCUGGCCCCGCCACUCUUCCUCACUUGUAAGUCAAGUUGCUUUGAGUUGACAGUUAUUCUAUUCUAUCCAUCGUUUAACCAUUCAGCCAGGCUUACCAGGUCCGGAAAGGACUGGAAAGGACUCUGAACUGAAAUGAUGUCGCCCUUCCCUUAAAUGGUCAUUUGUAUGAGUGCAUUGCCCACAACGUCCCUCACCGAAUAAACGUCAGAAAACGCAGA